AUGUCUUUAGGAACUCUAUACAGUUUUAAAGAUAAUACUAGAACUGUUUGCUUGCUUGAAUUAGCUAAACAUUUGAAUUUGCAAAUUGACCUUGUUGAGACUUAUCCUCACAAGUUCCCUGCCGAGUUGGCUGCCAAAUUUCCUCUACAAAAGCUUCCCGUAUUUAUUGGUUCCAAUGGUGUAGAAUUGAGUGAACUAUUUGCCGUUCUAAGAUACUUUUAUGAAAAGGGCAAGCAAAAUGACGCCGAGCUACUUGGCGCGAAGAAUGCAAAGGAAGAUGCCGAAAUUUGGCAAUGGAUUGCAUAUGUGAAUACUGAUGUUGUAAUUCCCUCCGUCAUUCGUCCCUGGUUGGGCAUGUGUCGAGGUGCAACUCCUUACGAAGAAAAGCCUUUCAAGGAAUCUAGCGCAAAGGCUUUGGGUGUUUUGAAGAAGUUUAAUGAUAUGUUAGUCGACCGUACCUUUUUGGUUGGUAAUCGCUUUACCCUUGCCGAUUUGGUUGCUGGCAGUAUGUUACGCCUUUUCUAUCGCUUCAUCGUUGACCCUGAGCAACGUUCCAAGCUCCCUCAUUUGACCAGAUACUACGUUACCAUGUUCCAUUUGGGUAACUUAUCUGAAAUCAUUCCCUUGGAAUUGAUUCCUUCUGUCGUUGUUGCAAAGAACUAG